GGGGGCUCGCGCAGCCAGCGGGGAGCGGGCGCGGCUGCGGACGGGCCCUGCGUGUCCCCGUCCCUCCAUCUCUGUCCGCCGUCUCCGUGUCCGUGGCCAGGUCAGGACGGCCCCUUCGGGAGCCGCGCUGUGAUCGGGGACUACAUCCAGCCCCUCCCGCUGCCCGGGGACUCGCCGGAGCCUCUGUCCACCAAGCCCCCCUUUCUGUCCAGAUCCGGAAGCUCAAGAUGCAGAUUUGAGUCCGAUAUGGACAAUGAACGGAACGCCAACCCCCCCAAGCAGAGGUACUCAGGGAAGGUGCACCUGUGUGUGGCCCGCUACAGCUACAACCCCUUCGACGGCCCCAAUGAGAACCCAGAGGCCGAGCUGCCGCUCACGGCGGGGAAAUACCUCUACGUCUACGGGGACAUGGACGAGGACGGCUUCUAUGAAGGCGAGCUCCUGGGCGGGCAGAGGGGGCUCGUGCCCUCCAACUUCGUGGACCUGGUGCAGGACAGCGAGGCCCGGCUGAGCGCGCUGGAGACCGAGCAGGGGCAGAACCUCCUCAACCAGACGGGCCUGGGCCUGGGCCUGGGCCUGGGCCUGGGCGGGGAGGACCCCCUGGACCUGCUCCCUCCCUCCCCCCCGCUCGUGCCUUACCCCCGCAAGAUCACCCUCAUCAAGCAGCUGGCCAAGAGCGUGAUCGUGGGCUGGGAGCCUCCGGCCGUGCCGCCCGGCUGGGGCCCGGUGGGCGGCUACACGGUGCUGGUGGACCAGCAGCCGCGCCUGAGCCUCCCGCUGGCCGGCAGGACCAAGGCGCUGAUCGAGAAGCUGAGCGUGGCCGCCUGCACCCACCGCGUGUCCGUGCAGUGCGUGACCAGCCGGGGCAGCUCGGACCACCUGCGCUGCACGCUGCUCGUGGGCAAGGAGGUGGUGGUCGCCCCGUCCCAGCUGCGGGUGGACAACGUCACGCCCACCUCCGCGCGGCUCUCCUGGCUGCCCACCAACAGCAACUACAGCCACGUGGUGUUCCUGGACGGGCAGGAGCAGGGCGUGGCGCGGGCCGCCCGGUACCAGUACCAGCUGCUCAACCUCAGGCCCGGCACCGCCUACAAGGCCCGCGUGCUGGCCCGCCCCCACCAGGUGCCCUGGCAGCUGCCCCUGGAGCAGAGGGAGAAGAAGGAGGCCUUUGUCGAGUUCUCCACGCUGCCCGACGGUCCCCCGGCUGCCCCCCAAGACGUCACCGUCCAGGCGGGGGCCACCCCAGCCAUCGCCCAGGGCUCCUGGAAGCCGCCCACCCUGAGCGCCACCGGGCUGUCCAACGGGGCCACCGUCACGGGCUACGGCGUGUACGCAAAGGGGCAGAGGGUGAGUCAUGGGGGGGGCACCCCAGGACCGUGGGUGCCUGCUCCAGGGAGGGGUGACGGCCGAGUGUCCUUCCUCCCUCAUCUGCUACCAGCAUUUAUUACACACCCGCCACCCCAGGGCCACCCCACGGCCACCCCACGGCCACCCCAAGGCUGCAGAUCCCCCGACGUCAGGAGGAGGGGCCCCUCCGUGGACGACUUCCUGAAGGGCUCCGAGCUGGGCAAGCCGACCUUGCACACGGGGGCUUUGCACACAGAGGCUUUGCACACGGGGGCCUUGCACACGGGGGCCUUGCACACGGGGGCCUUGCACACGGGGGCCUUGCACACGGGGGCCUUGCACACGGGGGCCUUGCACACGGGGGCCUUGCACACGGGGGCCUUGCACACGGGGGCCUUGCACACGGGGGCCUUGCACACGGGGGCCUUGCACACGGGGGCCUUGCACACGGGGGCCUUGCACACGGGGGCCUUGCACACGGGGGCCUUGCACACGGGGGCCUUGCACACGGGGGCCUUGCACACGGGGGCCUUGCACACGGGGGCCUUGCACACGGGGGCCUUGCACACGGGGGCCUUGCACACGGGGGCCUUGCACACGGGGGCCUUGCACACGGGGGCCUUGCACACGGGGGCCUUGCACACGGGGGCCUUGCACACGGGGGCCUUGCACACGGGGGCCUCCGCCACGUCGGAGCUGCUGGUGGCACCGGGAGAGCCGUUUCCCAGCCCCAGCAUCCUGCUGCCCGAGCCCACGGAGUGCUCUAGGCAUAGGACCUCGGAUGGGGCGUUCCCGGAGCCGCCCGAGGGCCCCCCGCAGGCCCCACACAGUGCGAGGCUGUUCAGUAUCCCCGAAGUAGCGGAGGAGGACGCGGACCCCUAUUUUAGGAAACCCGGCGUCUGCUGGACGGGGACAGGGGGGUUUCGCACCGGCCCCGGCCAGCGGCCCCAGCCAUCGUGUAACUCUGAGCCAGCCAAUCACAAGGCCUCGCUUCUUCCCGCGGGGCCCCAGGUCUACGGCGAUAAGGACGCCGACGGCUUCUACCGCGGGGAGACCUGCGCCCGGUCUGGCCUCAUCCCCUGCAACAUGGUGUCCGAGAUCCAGGCGGAGGACGAGGAGAUGAUGGAGCAGCUCCUGCGACAGGGCUUCCUGGCCCGCCGCCCGGUCCCUGUCCUUCCGCAGCAGAGGAGCAGGCGAGGUGGCCGGCAGCAGGCGGUGUCCACGCGCAGGAUGGUAGCCUUGUACGACUACGACCCCAGAGAGAGCUCGCCCAACAUCGAUGUCGAGGCCGAGCUCACCUUCUGCACCGGGGACAUCAUCUCCGUCCUCCGGGACAUCGACGAGGACGGGUUCUACUACGGGGAGCUCAAUGGGCAGAAAGGCCUGGUGCCGUCCAACUUCCUGGAAGAAGUGCCUGACGACGUGGAGGUCUACCUCUCAGACGCCCCGUCCCACCGCCCACAGGACACGCCCGCGCGCUCCAAGGCAAACGGGUGCCUCCUGAGGGGGCAGGCCCGGCCAGGAGAGCGCCAUCCCCCACAGCCCGUCUCCACGCGGGGUCUCCUGCGCCGUCUGUGGGUACAGGUGGUCCCGGGAGAGGCAGGGGCGUGUCCUCGAGGAAGAAAAAGGGGCUGCUUUUCAAAGGCAAGAGGCUGCUGCAGAAGCUGGGCGCCGUCAAGUGACCCGGGACCACCUCCGACACGGUUUCAUUCCCAGCCGGGGCUCCCGUGGCCUGCGCUCGCCCUAACCCCCCACACACAGCAGGGACCGCUCUGCCCCCCACGUCCCCCCCGAGCACCUGGGGGGACAGCGCCGGCCUCCUGGGCCUCAGGCUCCGUCGCGGCCCCUGGUCUGACGGGAGGCCCCGCUGCCCGCCCUCCGGACGGUCUCUGUGCACUUGUCCCCGCCCCCCACGCUCACCCCCCCUUCACUCUGGUCCGAGCCCCGAGCGCCUCCAUGUUCUGCCUUACUCUGCACAAUGGUUUGUACCGUCCAAUAAACUCGCUGUGCUCCUGUGUGUGUGCCUCGUGCUCUCCCCACACGGGCAGGCUUGCAGCCACGCCCAGGCCACACCACACCACACGUGUUCUCACGCACACCUCAGCAGGCCCGGCACCCUCAGUGUCACUCGGUGGGUCUGUCCCUCUCGUGCCAGACAGACAGCAGCACACACGCGGCCACGGCCACGCACAGGCCACGGCGCGCACAGGCCACGGCCCAGCCCCACGUCAGUGCUCCACGUGACCCACACAGGCCUCCCUUGGCAUUGAGCACAGACUGGCCCGUUGCCGGCGGUGCCUCCGCUGGCUGCUCUUUUGUACCCCCGUCCACUUCUGUUUUUACUCUUUAUACAUGCGUGCAGACCGCCUUUCUUUUGUAACCUGUGGGAGGGUGUGAGCAUGUUCUGUGGUCACGGCCUGCGCGUGCGAGCAGUCGGGAGCGGCGUGUGGGUGUGCGUGUGCGGUCAGUGUCGGGUCUUUUCUAGAAUAAACUGUCAUUUUCCACGA